CAGAAGGUUUUAUUAAAUGGUGGUGGUUCUCAGACAUUUUACUAAAACUAAAAGAGGGCUAAAUUGUCAGAUUGAAUCCAUAUAGAACUGAAUUUUGAAAGGUGCAUCGUCUUCCUCAGUUGAAAAUGCCCAGCAUCGAGCUCAAGCUCUCCCGAUUCAAUCGUAUAUAUCAACCUUCUGAUCUUCUGGAGGGAAAAAUCGUAAUAAAGUCAUCUUCCUCCGUUUCUCACUACGGGAUUGUCCUCGCCAUCAACGGAUCGGUCAACUUACAGGUUCGUGGAGGAUCGGCUGGUGUCAUCGAAUCUUUCUAUGGUGUUGUGAAACCUAUUCCAAUUGUGAAGAAGAACAUUGAGAUCAGAACUUCUGGGAAGAUUGGUCCAGGUACAACAGAGAUACCAUUUUCAAUAAACCUGAGGCAGUGUGGAGAAGAAAAUUUAGGAAGGUUCUAUGAGACCUUUCAUGGAGGGAAUAUUAGCAUCCAGUAUUUGAUAACUGUAGAUGUUAUGCGGGGAUACCUACAUAAAUCGUUAUCUGCAACGCUGGAAUUCAUUGUUGAAACUGAUAAAGCUGACAUCCGUCAGAGCCCAAUUUCUCCCGAGAUGGUAGUCUUUUACAUUACUCAGGAUACGCAGAAACACCCAUUACUUCCUGAACUAAAAACAGCUGGCUUUAAGGUGACAGGAAAAGUGUCAACACAAUGUUCUUUGGUGGAACCUCUCACUGGAGAGCUAACCGUAGAAGCAUCUUCAGUUCCUAUUCAAUCUAUCGACUUGCACUUGCUGCGAGUAGAGUCAAUUCUUCUAGGGGAAAGAAUUGUAACUGAAACCUCCUUGAUACAGACAACACAGGUAGCAGAUGGAGAUGUUUGUAGUAAGUUGAUGAUGCCUAUCUAUGUGAUACUCCCUCGUCUUCUCACUUGUCCAACUGUCUUUGCUGGUCCAUUUUCGAUAGAGUUCAAAGUUUGCUUAGUUAUCACAUUUCAGUCAGAGCUCGCCAAAUUGCAUACAAAGUCUGAUCCUACGACCCCAAGACUCUGGCUGGCCAUGGAGACUCUACCACUUGAACUUGUUCGAGCAAAGUGAAACAAACGGGGGUAAGCAACACUUGAUCAAGGAGAUCUAUUCAUGGUAAUUAAAACUAUCAUUCAAGAGCAGGAAUAAGGUUGCGAUGCAAAUCCAUUUCUACUGUGCAUUGUUCUGGAAAUGAAUUUCUAUAUUUGUUGUUUGUGUGUAAGCUUAAAGAAUGUUCAAUCAAUAUAUUUAGAUUCCGACUAGACAUUGACCCCGUGAAAGGACUGGUCUAGGUCAAUCGAUGAUCAGAUUAGUAUGUUGUUUAAAUCAAUGGUAAAAAUAAUAUUGAAUGAUUAAAUAUAAAUCUGAAUUAUAAUUUUUAAAA